AAUUGUGACUUGAAGUUAUUAAGACUUGAAAUUAGAUAUUUUUAGUUCUAUAUAUAUAUUUCUAAUAUAAACAAUUGCAUGAAAAAUGUGCUAUGAAUAUUAGCCUUUAACGAUUUUCAAUUGACAUAAAACAUAUAAAAUGAUAUUAUUUCUUAAAAAUUAUUUUUUUUAAAAAUCACAUAUUUUUUUAAAAAAAAUUAUGUGAUUUCAUAUAUGUUGAAAAAUAUUUGUAUAGUAUUGAAACAAAUAAGCAUAUGCACUACGUGAAACGUUAAAAUAUUUGAAUAAUUUGAAUUUCUAAAUAUUAAUAAUUAAACAAAUUAUAUUUUUAAUCUUAAUUAUAGACUUAAAUAAUAUACAUUUUAAAUCUUCAAACUAAAUUUUUAAUAUAUAAUUCUAGUAGUAUUUUAGUAAUACAUAAUAAUUUGAGGUUAAGUGUAGCAUGUUUUAAUAAAUAGGUAUAUUCAUGAAAUACAAAAAUUAAACAUAAUGUCUCUUUACGAUGAUUUUGAUAAACAUCGAACGUCAGAAAAAGUAGCUGGAUGGUCAUCCAGUAUUAAAUUAUUACAAUCUCAAUUACAGUUAAAAAAAGCCGCGACUACACAGCCGAAACGUGAACAAUAUAGAAAGGCAACAGCAGUGUUAGCACCUGUAAUAGACUUAAAAUCAAAAGCUAAUAGAAAUGCAGAUAGAGAUGAUGAUGGUCCACAUAAUAAUCCACUUUCAUCUGGUACUGUUAGUAGUAUUGGAGUAGGUGGUGAAUUUGAUUGGAAUGUAAUAAAUGAAUAUGAUCCUAUGUGGCCUAAUGAAUAUGAUAAAGUUGUUAAAGAAUUAAGAGAUUUACGUGAUAGAGAACAUGAUCAAGAAACUGAAAUGCGUAAACGUAGACGGGAUAGUUCACGUUUUGAAGAUACACAAACUUCUUCUGGAAAUAGUACAAUGAUUCCUCCUGAAAGAGAUGAGGAGAGAACUCCUACAUCAAGAGGAAUUGCAGGAGGAGCAGCUAUAGCUCCACCACCUUCUUUACAAGAAUCUUCUGAUCUUCCACCUCCAGCACCAAGACCUCCAACUAGCAUGGGAUAUGCUACAUCAUCAGUAGCAGCAAAAAUAAUGGCUAAAUAUGGUUUCAAAGAAGGACAAGGACUUGGUAAGAAAGAACAAGGAAUGUCUGUUGCUUUACAAGUAGAAAAAACUAGUAAACGAGGUGGAAGAAUUGUUGGAGAAAGAGAACAACUUAUGCCACCACCACCACCUGUUGCUGUCUCUCCACCUCCACAACAGCAAAUUAUUCCUCCUCAACCUUCAGAAGAACCUAGUAUUACAGAAAUAAUGAAAUGUCCAAGUAAGGUUGUAUUAUUGCGUAACAUGGUUGGUCCUGGAGAAGUGGAUGAUGAUCUUGAACCUGAAGUUAAAGAUGAAUGUAAUACAAAAUACGGCGAUGUUGCGCGUGUUAUUAUCCAUGAAGUAACAGAAGCUGCUCCAGAAGAAGCUGUUAGAAUCUUUGUGGAAUUUAAAAGAAUAGAAAGUGCUAUUAAAGCUGUAGUUGAUUUAAAUGGACGUUUUUUUGGUGGAAGACAAGUUAAAGCAGGUUUUUAUUCCAGUGAAAAACUUGAUAGUUUACAGUUAAUGGAUUAAUUUCUUAUUUAAUAAUUUCAUUUAAUAAAUGCAUCUUAACAAAUACAACAAUAUGGAAUCAAUGUGUUGAUUAUUGUGUUAAAAACAUUAUAUUGCAAGUUUAUUAAAAAUAUAUAAUAAUAUGAUGAAUUCGGAAAACAAAAAAUAUAAAAAUAUUUGCAUAAUAUUCAAUACAUUGAAAAACAUUUCAAUCUAUAACCUUAGUUAAAAUAGGGUGCAAUAAUAAUUUAAACCUUUCAUAUAUAAUAAAAACAUUGAUAUAUUCUUCUUCUAAUUUUAAUAUAAAUUGUAUACACAAUAUAAAUAAUAAAUAAGUAAAAUUUAUAAUCUUAUAAAAUACUAAUAUUUCAGUAAUAAAAAAGAGUAAUAUAAAUAAUAUAAAGAAACAAUUUUUUUUUGUAAUGAGAUAAAUAUGAAAUAAAAAUGAAAUAAUAAUUGUGCUAAUAAAUAAUUAUAAUAUAUAAAUAAUUUAAUAAAUUAUAAUUUGCAAUUUAUUUAUAUAAAUUAUAUAUUAAAAAUUUUAUAUUUAAAAAAUUUGAUAAUUGCAAUUGAUGUAAUGAAUAUAUCUUGUUAACAAAUUGGAGUUUAUAAAAUUCAAUUCUUAAUUUUUUAUUAAUAUUUAUCACAGUUUAUAUUAUAUAAAGUAUAUAAUAAAAUUGUAAUUCAAAUUUUUUUUGUAAAAAUUUAAUAAUUAUUACUUUAUUUUUUUAUUACUUAUUAAAUGUUCAAUUGCUUCGUUUAAUUGAGCAUUAAAUGCAGCAAAACUAAAAGUUUUUAUAAAUCUAUCUUUACCUGCAUUUCCAAAUUUUUGAAUAUAUUCUGGAUUUUUAAUUAAAUAAGCUAUUUUUGAAGCAAAUGCAUCACCAGAUAAAUCAACCAAAAAUCCAGUAACUCCAGAAAUUAUAGAUUCUUUUGGCCCACCAGAAUUAUGUGCAAUUACUGGUUUACUCAUAUACAUUGCUUCAAGUGGUACAAUACCAAAAUGUUCAUUUGGAGGUGUGUAUAAUAUAAUUUUACAAUGAUAUAAAAUAGAUAUUUUAUCAAUAUCUGAAGGAGAUCGAAGAAAUAUUACUUUUUCUGUUACAUGUAAUUCAUCAACAAGUCCUAUUAAUUCCAAGUAAUAUUCUACAUUUUCUUCAACUCUUUUAUCAUAUCCACCAGCCAUAAUUAAAUAUACUUUUUUAUAUUCUUCUUCUGUCAAAUAUUUUUGAAGUUCUGCCAAUGCUUCUAUUGCUAAUUCUAAAUUUUUUUUACGUUCAUAUCUGUUAAUAGACAAUAAUAUAAUACUAUCUGAUGGCAAUUUUUUAUCAAAUAUUCUUUCUAAAGAUAUUAUUCGAGUUUUAUCAAAGAAAUCAGUGUUAAUAGAAGGAUAUAAAACUUCAGGUUCAAUACAUAAUUUCUUAAAAGUAUGUUUAAACACAGAAAGUGUAUAUAUGCUAUUUACAAAUAUUUUAUGUGCCAUUCCAGUUGUUAAUUCUUCUAAAUAAUUAAGAGGUGCACGAUAUAAUUGUUUACUAAUUCCCUUUGAUUGUGAAAGCAACUGAUCUGGAUAAUGACAAUAAAAAAUUAUAUAUGGAAUUCGUAAUCGAAGAAUAGGAAUGCAUACAGAAACUAAAUCACAGAAUACAAUAUCUGGUCGAUGUUCACAAAAAAUAAUAUAGCUAGCUGCAUAUAUCUAGAAAAAAUAUAAUACAAUAUAUGAAUAAUUUAUAAACACAUUAAAAUUUAACAAAUAACUCACCAUACGAAUAUAAGCAAAAAGUGCGAAAAAUCUACCAAAAACAUGUCUAGGCAACCAAUUUCCCACAACUGUAACAGGAAUUGUUCCAUCUUUUGUUUCAGAGAAACAAUGUUCAGGAUCAUGAUGAGUUGUCACGAAAUUAACCUCAUAUCCUCCUUUCUUUAAAGCUAAAGCAGCAUCUAUUACUAAUCUUUCUGCUCCUCCAAUACCAAGAUCUGGAUGAAGAAAUGUAAUUCGUGUCAUUUUUAUUAAUUUAACGACAUCAAUAACGACAAUUAUCAAUGAAUUAAAAACGUUACGAAUUACGAUAUCACGAUCUACGAUAUCACUGGUCAAUAACGUAGUAAAAUUGAUCAAAGUGAAUUUAUAGAUAUUAUGAUGGAUUUUACAAUUUAAACAACUUUUGUUUUCUUAUUAUAAACAUAUUUAUAAAUAAUUAUCACAAUGAAUUUUGGAAUUAAUUGGGAAGAAGAACAUAGACAAACAUUAUUAGAAGGAAAUGCAAUAUUGGAACGAUCUUCACAAUCUAUUAGCAGAUCUCAAGCAAUUGCAAUUGAAAGUGAACAAAUAGGAACUGAGGUAAUUUCUGAAUUGAGUAGACAAGGAGAACAAUUAUUACGAACAGAAAGAAGAUUAUCACAAACAGAUGAAGAAUUAAAUAAAACAAGAAGAAUAUUAAAUAUUAUGAGACGUAGAGUUUUAUUAAAUAAAUUUGUAUUAAUCUUAAUUAUAUUAUUAGAAAUAGGCAUACUUGGUAUUAUUAUAUAUAAAAAAUAUAUAAAAAUAUUGUAAAUAUAUAUAUGUAAAAAUAAUAUAUAUUUUAUAUUUUAUAUACAGUAUAAAUAUUCUAUAAAUACUUAUUUUUAUUUAAAUCCUAUGUAAUAUGUAAUGAAUUAUUAAUAUGGUAAAAAAAAUAUGUAUAUGAAUAAAUAAAAAUAUAUAUAAAUUUCAUUUAA